ACGAUCAUCAAACUUCCGCUUGUUAUCGCUGUUUACUUCCGAAGGCAAUUAACGGCUUUGCUCGCCCUCAUCGACGAGCUUUGCGGGGCCAUUUUUCUCUCUCCCGUAGCGUAUCGAAUCUAUUUAUCUAUCGCGUCGAAUGCAUCGUCAGAUCGUCGUGUGCAGUGUACUUGCCGUCCCGCCGUGACGUCCCAGGCUGAUCUUGGAUCGUGACUCGGACACGUUCCAAAUGAAAGUGACGAUAUUUCAGAUCGCACAGAGUUAAAAUAGCUCUCUUUACAUAAAAUGAAAUAGAGACGUUAUCUUCAAUUAUGGUAGCAUUUGUUCGCUCGCGUAACGAGCUUUUAUGAGGAAUGAACAUUCAGACGGGGACUUUUGGAAAAUUAAUACGGAUCUGUUGAAUAUUAAUCUCUUGAUUAAAUGAGCGUAUAUAUUUUCUUUUAUUUUUUUCAAGAUCUUUAGCUCCAAGCGUUUCUCUUUGUGCCCCUCUAACUUGGGAGUCUCACGAUAUAGGAAUUGUAGAGUUGCAUCACUAUGAAAACAAUGCCUUCGAUAAUUAUGCACACAACACUUUGUCUGCUUGAUGCCCAAACAUCGCGUAAUCGGGCGAAUUACAUGAACGGCUAUCUGGCGCAGAACGUCUCGGAAUUGCGCACGAUCCUCGGAUCGUGAUCUGCCUCCGCGAUACGGCUAUUUGAGAUGCGCAGCGAAACUUUUGAGUUACAUGUAGACACUUUCGGCGGAAGAUAAGAUAAAGAGCGAACUGGGAAAACUGCAUGCUGACGCAUGACCCCGCAUAUGCGAGAAACCUCCUCCGCCUCCUCGCGCGGUCUUGAUGCGCGUUCAAUGCCGUAUUAAUCGUCAAACGGCUGCGGAAUUUUCAUGAUUUUUGCGAUGCCACGCUCGCCGAGCGAGCGCACCAAUCUUGUUUUUAACGGGCGAUUAAUGACGAUGAUGACACUUCGCACCGGCAGACCUCGAUUAAUCGGCCUGUAAGUGAGAUUCUAGUGACUGAAAAAGGUCCCGGCUGACGUUACUUUACUGGCACAUGUUUGGCCGAGUGACUCGACUCGAGCGACUCGACGCGCCAUAUCAAAGUGAUUAAAGUCGACUUCCCUAACGCGAUCCUCUCAUGCACGUUAAUUAACGUAAAGCACCGCGCGUUUCCGCUCGAUCAAUGUUUGGUUCACGCGACAUCAGUGCGCAGAGGAUUGUUCUCUCCGGUCUCGGGAUAAGCGAAUUAACGUCGUGCAAGCAUGAGCGCGCAUAUCUGCCUGAAAUCGGCCGGAUGCUCUUUGAAGUUUCCGAAGAUGCGCGAAACGUCGAGGAGAUAUUCGGCGAAGUGAGAACUCGUCUUAAAGAUGGGAUGCAAGACCAGCAUAUUUAAGUGCGUGAAGAAUGAAGUCGAGCAGGAGAGGAGCGUAUCGUCGGGGACUAGGAGUUCUCUUGUUAUGAGCGAUAUAACAGAAGUCGACAUGGCCCAAGACAAUCUGUAUCCCGCAUUCAACGAGAUCCAUUUUGUCGCCGAAGAGGACCAUUACAGAGUAGCGCAAUGUAAGACGGAUGCGUUUGACAUCGUUGAUGAAAAAGAUGAAAAAAACCCCUUCGGGAACAGCGCAUACGAUGAGAACGGCGAUUACUUGAUCAAGGGACCCCAAGAUCUCGACACUUAUUUAUUGACUACCACCGUUCCUAGUAUCGUGAAGAUAUUGUUAGUCUUUAACAAAGAUGACCAGCAAAUGGACAUACUCGCUACUGCCGCGAGACGAUUGGGCUGGAGCGUAUCGGUGGCGAAAGACGCGGAGAAAGCGAUCGAGCUUUUCCAAAAUCGCGCUCACGAAUUAGUGAUUAUCGAUCAUAGGGGACAGCGGGCGGAUGAAGCCGAUGCUAUUUGUAGAAUGAUCAGGUCAAGUCCAGUUUACCACAGUUCCGUCAUUAUAGCGCUCGUGAAGAAAUCAUACUUCAUGAUCGACGAGAAAGAUCACAUCGUGGCGCUAAACUUAUUAGAAACAGGCUUUACCAGAGCUUUGAUAGAAUGUUCGCACGAAGGUAUACUAAUAAACGAAUUGGUAGGAAUAUAUACUAGCUCGUUGUUGCCGAAGACUCAACUUGCAGCAGCGCAUGCAUUGUAUUUGGCACUUGACAAGUGUCGCGAUAUGGUGCACGUGACCAACGAUAAGAACAUUGUACAGUUUCUAAAUAAAGUCAGCGAAAAAUUGUUAGGAUAUAAGGUAGAGGAAAUGAUGGGGAGAAAUCUCUCGGACAUAGUCUACUACGAAAAUUUCACGCUUAUGGAGCAGCAAUUGAGUAAAGGCCGAGAAUUCGAAGGAAACAUGAACUGCAAGAGGAAAAAUAAUCAAAUGAUCACGAUCAAUUGCAGGGUGAUCCCGUUCUGCACUAUGCUAAAAAAACCAACUCAUUACAUAUACGUGUACGACACUACGUAUCUGUCGGAAAAUUCGGCGCCAAUAAGCCCGAUCAGCAGCCCGUUGCAUCCUCCGCAAAGAACGAGUAUAUUGUCAAGCGCGCGGAAAUCCUCAGACAGAUCUGGCAUAAGCGAAGCAGGCCGUAGGCGGUCCAGUUUGCAGAAACUGCACAGCCUGCAGCUGGAAGCACCCAUCACGAAAGUCAUCACGCUGCUCUCGAAUGCGGUCACGGAUACGACUAAUCCGGAAACGGCAGCGCAGAUCGAUAAAGCGAUCGAUAUUUUGAAGACGACGGAGCUCUACGUGCCACAUCUUAAAGAAGAUAGGGCGAUGUACAGCGAUCCGGUCACGCAGGAUCUCGUUGGCGCAUUGCUCGCCUCCCCGCGUAUGUCUGCGUGGGAUUCUAGAAGAUCGUCGUCGGAUUCUGCAAGACUGGCCACCAUAAAAGCCAUCACGGGCACGAACAACUCGCGUAUGCAGAUAACGAGUUUCCACGCGCCGCAGGAGAUCGCGGAAAUCCUAGAGAAGAGUCUCGACUGGGACUUUCAGAUAUUUAAACUCGAAGUGCUCACGGAGAGAAGGCCACUCGUUUUCCUGGGUCUCGCGAUUAUGAACCUGUUCCGAGUGCCCGCUAAAUUAAACUGCGACGAGAGAACUGUGCAGAACUGGUUGGCCAUUAUCGAGCACAAUUACAACGCGGAUAAUAGCUAUCAUAAUUCGACGCAUGCCGCUGAUGUGUUGCAAGCCACCGCAAAAUUCAUGCAGUCGAAGAGACUCAAGGAAAUUUUGGAGCCCUUAGACGAGGUUGCCGCGUUGGUCGCCGCAGCUGCGCACGAUAUCGAUCAUCCUGGACGAUCCAGUCAAUUCCUUUGCAACGCCAACAAUCGUUUGGCCAUAUUGUACAAUGACCUGUCGGUUCUCGAAUCGCAUCAUGCAGCUUUGACGUUUAAAUUAUCGUUAUCCGAUGAUAGUGUGAAUAUCUUUAAGAAUCUGGAGCGAGACACAUACAAAAUGUUGCGACAAAAUAUCAUUGACAUGAUUCUUGCGACCGAAAUGACGAAACACUUUGAGCACUUGGCGAAGUUCAUGAAUGUGUGCAGCGCGAGAAUCGGCGAGAAUCAAGAGACGUAUUCAGAUUCUCUAGACAUGUCCGUGGUAUUGCAACCGGACAAUGUAAUAUUAGUUAAAAGAAUGAUGAUCAAAUGCGCGGACGUGUCCAAUCCAACGCGACCGUUGAGAUGUUGCAUCGAAUGGGCGAGACGAAUUGCAGAGGAGUAUUUUAGACAGACCGACGAAGAGAAAAGGUUGAAGAUGCCAGUCGUAAUGCCGAUGUUCGAUAGAAUGACGUGUUCGAUACCGAAAUCACAAAUCGGCUUCGUCGAUUAUAUCAUCACCGAUAUGAUCGAGGCUUGGGACGUGUUCAUCGACAUGCCGGAGAUGGUGGGCUAUAUGCGACAAAACUACGAAAGAUGGAAAGAGUAUAAUGAACAGGGUAUAUCUACUCUGCAGGACGUCGAGCAGCUGCAGCAGCAUCCCGAUCUGCAUAUACCGCGAUUAUCUAACUGAGAAACUCUCGGUGGUCUUGUUUCUACGUUUACGUUACAUUUUACGCUGCGUUUAUCGCGAAGACGUGUGUAUAGUAUUUAUAUAUUUAAGAAUAGACUUAGUGAGAGCGACGUCAACGCAUGCAAUGGAAAGUUUCGAAGGAAAUGCAUGUAUGUAAACCGCCGUUCCGCGCGCGCCCGCCAACACUCUUCUUAUUUAUAUAUAACUCCGUUUCUUCCCUCAAUGACACUCGUUGCAUUAGACUAUUUUAAGACACGUGACGCACAUUAACACACCCGUUCCCCCUUUUUUCCCCGGUCCCAUCAAGAAGACACAUAUAGCUUAAAGUAAGUGGUACCUUUCUGCGUGCGGCUUCCGUGAGAGUAUGUUACUUGCGAGAAUGAAACCUUCGUUGCAGGCUUGGCGCGUACUGGCGUCAUAAUAAAUUAUACAUUCAGGGGCAGCUAAUGAAUAAAUAAGAAAUCUGUUAAAAAUAUUGUGUUUGAAUCAUUUUCGACUUUUCCUUUCGCCGAGAAACUUAAUCCCUUGAUCCUAAUCCCGUUCUCGAUGAUGCGGCUGAUCUGCUUGCUGGGAGGAUUGAUACUUAAGAAUUGAGAGGAAAUUGAGACUCUGCAAUAUUUUGUAUAUGUUGGGGUAUUCCACUUUAUUGUUUCUCUCAGCGAAGAAAAGGCAUCGGGCCUAUUUCUAUGCGCUGCAUGAAUUACAGAAUCAAAUCAGGACCAGGUGUGAGUGGUUGUGUAAGCCGUAAUAUAUCGCAAUGGUGGUUACGCGAGAUUUCGAAGCGACGAAACGAAUGGUGUAAUUUGAAUUAUCGCGAAUUACAAAUUUUUGCGUUCUCCUGCCUUUUCGCUGUGUUUUCUUUAUGCUGAUAUACAUGAAAUACGCACUCGCUUUCUCUCAGUCUACAAAUUGCCCUGAUGUGACGUUUGUUGCAUCUAAGAACAGUAAUAGCGUUGCUUUUCUGCUGUUACAAAAAUCAAGGAAUCGGGAUAAUAACAUCAAUAGUCCAUCGAGUUACAAGUAUCGCCCUAGCGGAUGGUUACUAAGUCACAUUCAUGUUAAAGAUUCUUACGUAUGCGUUAAAGUACACACAUAUGUGCCUUACAUCAUGAUUACUCCCUACGGGACGUUCGUAUAAUCAUGGCCGUUUUAUCCAGUAUCAACGAGACAUUUAGCUUCCUUUAUCCCUAGACGAAGAGACAAUUAGAAUUAAUUCGAGUCGCCUUUUAGAGUUUAUUUGAAGCCUGACACGUAAAUAUUUGGAACAUUUCACGACAAUAUCUCGGAAUAAAGGUAAUAGAGACGAAGACAAAGGAUAUCGCUUAAAGAUUAAAUUUUCGUUCGGGAUUAUCGAUUAAUUAUUAUUGUUCGUAGGAUGUAGUUCCGCGCGAUGUGCGGUGAACUAGGUAAAGUAACUUAAUUACGAGAGCUUAUCGUAUUACUUCUAUAAUGCCACAUAAUAUGAUUUCGAAGAGCUAGGAAUAUUAAUGCUUAAAAUUAGAUUACUCGCGUCUUCGAUACACCCGCCACAAGUGCUCUGCCGGAGUGCAUUUUGCGUGAGUUCGCUUUCAUCUGGAUUGAUUGAUCCGGUAUAAUUUUUCUUUCUCUUUUUCUUUUUCUGCUGGAAUCUACGAUCUUCAUUUUGAAAUCCGAGAGCUAACUUUCGCAUUUUUUGACCAGCGAGAUAUUUCGAUAACGGUUCUAACCGGAGCAUCUCGUACGUGUCGAGGUAUUUUCGGUAAUAGGACUUUGAAUUUACUCACUUUGCGGAAACACGGAUGCUCCGCGACGGACGCGCACGUGUUUGCUCAUUGUCGGUGACACGAGUGACGUAUUUUUAGGCGAAACGUGAAUCGAGAGCUAUUUUCACAUAGUCGGAAUCGUUUCGUUAGCACUUGCCGCUAGUAGAUGGAAUUCGCGGAGUAACGAGUAAGUUAGCCUAGUAUGCAACACCUUGCCUUAAGUAUUAACUCUUAGCAUUAACAGUACAUGUACUUAAGUUUUAUUUUUUUUGAGCUUUUUUUUGUUUUUUUUCGCUUUCAUAUUUGAAAGUAUGUUUGUAAGUACCGCUUUAACGCUUGACUUUACGCUUUUUCCCCUGGUCAAGCUGUAUAAUCCACGUAGUAAUCCGCAUCGGUAAAUCGCCGUCUCUGUCGAUCUUGAUUCAUCUUAAUCGAAAUUGUCUUGCGCGGCAAGCGAAAUUAAUAAUUGAUCAGAUACCUCGCGUGGAUUUAAACAUGUAAUUCUUGCGCAAUUGCCGACAAAAGCAGAAAAAAAGAAGCACUAAAUCCGAAGAAGAACUCAAAGGUGCAGACGGCUCGAUGAGGUUCUACGAGGAUUCGCGUCGCUAACUCUUACGCAAAACUUAAACCAGCCUUAAUUGUAAUUCCUCUCAAAUCGUGCACAUCAAACGAGAAAGAAGCAAAUCGAAGGAUUAUUCUAAGAAAAAUGCGUAUAAUCCGAUAUCCUAAAAUAACGCAUGUGAACUUAGUCCGUACUAAUAACGUGCUCUUAGCACUCUCUUCGUGUCUCCUAAAUCUCUGGUAACUCUUGUCGGUCUAAUAUUUUUCUCUUCAGGAAUUCGGAGGAAGUUUCUCAUCUACGUUUGGAUCGGCCUUUUAGCCUAGCGUUACGAAAUCGAAAAGUGUUCGGCAUUCUCGGCUACGGUUUCUCGUGACUAAGCCAGCCCUCUAAAGCUGAUUGUCGCGACUAAUCAAAAAGAUGCGCCGUUUCUAUCUUUGGUCGAUUUCUCUCGGUUUUCGUGAUUGUUCUUCAGCGAGGUUCAAGGCCAAGAGCGGAAAGCUUCAGGUAAAAACGUUUCGUUUGGUGAUGCCUCGUCUAGUGAUGCAACGUCUUGUUCUCUGAUUCGCUAUGGUACAAGGGGGGGUGCAAUAUUGCAUUCCGGGUCUCCCUUCAAAUUUCAUCGUCUCUACUUCGUCUUUGGAAAUGAUUUCAAGUUACGUGCUAGCAAGAGCAUGCAGCAAUUGCAAUGAAAAAAAACUCCCUCAUGGUCCGCAAUCGCGAUGAUCCAGAGGAGGCGAACGUUCGAGAGCGAUCACAGAAAGUCUCGAUUUCGAUGACGUUAGAGUGGUCGCCGGAUUUUUCCACGGGACGCAACGUCAUCAGUCUGUUACCGAUCUAGAUGGACGAGGUGCUCGACGUGACGCCUCAUGAUCGCGAUAUAACGAGACCAGCGGGAAUGCAGUGGAGCUCGAGAGUGGUCUCACGAAAGCAGAGAGGAAUGCAGCGGCUACUGAUACUGCGGGGGAGUAUUAGACAGAGUCGAUCACGACGGCCAAGGGACCCCCCCGCGAAUUCCGGUAUAUUCUUGGACAGAAGAGUCAGUGAACGUCACGUGACAUAGGAGCACGCCUCCACGACGACGUCGGCUAUUUAAGAUGGGAUCCGCGUGAUCCGCGCCAAAUCAGAAGCCGGCGCGACGACUCUAGAAUCGCCUCUGGUCCUGAUCCUCGAGUAACCGAUCGGGUUUCUUCACGUUCCACGAAAAGUACGGUAGCACUCGUUCCCAUGAGAUUUUUCUCUUUCUUUUACCAGUCCGCGGGUGUGUUACGCGUGUGUAUGUGUAUGUGUGCGCGCUAUAAACCCCAGAAUUUUCCCUCGUUAUCCCGCCGCGUCCUCACUAGCCUGAUUUACAGCUACGUAGCGUACUUACGAGUUUAAUCGCCUAGCGUAUAUAUAAUUAAUACGGUAUAGUCUUAACGUUACUUAACAGUUAUGUUAUCCGCCUAUUGUUUCGUUUUUUGUCUUUUUUUUCUUUUUCUCUUUUAAAUCAGAGCUUAUCGGUACGUUUUGUGCGAAAUAAUCUUAAGCUAAACGGUCCUUAUGUCCACCUUCGCAAAAAUCUCCCCCCACCCAGCUAUCUCCGCGCGUACGGUCGUCCAAAAGAGAAUGUCGCCUAUCUCAGUCGUGGAGGAGAUAAAGGAAGUGAUCGUGAGAGAUUUUACAUCACGAGUCACGUGCGGAGAUGUGCGAGUCUUCGUUAUCGUCGAUUAUUUAUUGUUUCACGGUGUGGUUGUAAAAGUCGCGCGUUUUCGGAUGCGUUAAUGUGUGUAUUGCAACGUAUGCAAAUGCGUGUCAGUGGGGGGCGUGUGACGUUAAACUAGUAUCUGCGCUUGUCUGUCUGGUUGAUCGUCAUCGUUGUGCCAUCGCUUGGUUGGUCAAUGCUCAAAUAUCCCGUGCGAGAUAAUUCGCCGAAUUGAGAUUGGAGUUUUGCUUAUUUCCCUAAAAUCUGUGAUUUUAUACGCGAACGGACUAGCUUUUUGCGGUUUCGAUCGAGCUCUCGCUGACUUAUGUAGCUUAGGCUAAUCUAUAUUUUAUUGAGUUCUUUUCUGCCGUCGCAAGAAUGGAGAAACCAGUCGAUAUCCCUACACGUUCUACUUGCGGUCUCCCUUCGGUCGAUCCACCUAGCUAUUGCCUCGCGUCGUAAAGUACCGGAAUGGAAAAAAUUGACCAAAUCUAUCGAAUGACGAUAAUUAUCAGGAUGUUGUCAUUGACUAAAUUUCCGCGAUGAAUUUAUGGUUCUAUCGAAGGAAAGCGCCAAAUAUCGUCCGAGAUGUGUAUUCCUUUUUGUCGCGCGAUGCUGUAGGAUGCACGAGAAGACUACGAUCUGUAAAUCUGUCCAAAAGUAUCGACUCGCCGGUAGGAAGAAUUUAAAUUCGAUUUCGCACACGUUCAAUUUCGCUCAACGAAGGGAGAGGAUUUCACGGAUCGUCAACAUUUAUUAUGUGCGGCAUGUGUCGGUUGACGCGCACUUUCGUUCCCCUAAAAAUUACCACUUAUCAACGUAGCCUAAUAAGUAGCAUCAAUAUACGUACACGGUCGCGAGGAAACGCGUGCCAAACGGGAUUACUCCGUUUAUCGUGAUCCUUAAUUAAUAAAUGCGUCGGGUAUCUCCGCCGAAAACGAUCUUAAAUACUCGUCCACUCCGGAAUGGACAAAACUCGGUUAAUUUCUCCGUUUUAAGUCUUUUGUGAUCGAGGUGUACUUCGGCCGUCGUGUUAAUCUGCUGUACGCUAAGAUCGUGAGUGCCUUUAUGUGUGCUCGUUAGAUCGACGGUCCAUUAAGCGAGAUUAAUUUACGCCUACUGACGAUAUAAAUCCUAGAAAGAAAA